AUGGAGCAGCAGGGAGAUAGUGAAGCAAAGGAACAUGGCGAGCUUACAAGGAACGGUAUCACAGACAAUGCGUACGAUAACAGUGUCGGAGCAUUUAACCGCACUAUACUAGAUCGCUACGCGCAUUGGAUGACGCAACUAGACCAAGGAGCAUGCGGUUUGCGUAUCUGGAAGGCGGAAGAACUGUGGAAACGUUACGAGCGGGUGAUUAGGGUCGGACGGGGAUCAUUUGGCAGCGUGUUCAUUGUGUACGACACGGAGAGGAAAGCGUAUCUAACGGUAAAAUGCAUGGAGUUGCUAGGUAAACCGGGGCCGGCAUUGAGAAGCUUGUCACAGCCCACCCUUCGCGAAGUAAUUCUACUCAGUCAAAUCGACCACCCAAACGUUGUCCGUCUUAUCGACUACUAUCUGACGUCAGAUGGGAUGCUUCACAUGUGCAUGCCCAUCGUUUCCCAUGAUCUAGUAUCCCUUAUCCGCAUAUGGAAGAUGAGGGGGCCUCGGGGCGAGUCCAGCCUGGGUCGCAUGCCCUUACCAACGGUUAAAUGCGUCUUUCGCCAGCUGCUCCGUGGUUUGGAGUACCUGCAUAGGCGGAACAUUAUUCACCGCGAUUUGAAACCUAGUAACGUUAUGCUAGAUGACAACGGGGUAGUGAAGAUUGUUGAUUUUGGCUGGGCGCGGUUCGUGCCGCGUAGGUGGCAAGGACGUUUGACGGGUCCACCGUGCGUGGUCACGUAUCGACCUCCGGAAAUUCUUCUAGGGGGUCAGUGCUCGUUUAAAUAUGACUCAUCGAUUGAUAUAUGGUCAGCGGGCUGUAUUUUGUAUGAGAUGUUGACCGGAGGCAAGGCUUUUAGCAACGCUAGAAAUGAACAGCAAGCGCUGGCGGCCAUCACUGACAUGCUUGGCUCACCGUCAAGUAGAAGCGAAGUGUACUAUGGUGCAGCUGGUGGUUCACGGUUACGGCCGUCGAAGAGGCAACCCAGGAACUUUGAGGAACGGUGUAGGAUGGUGAACAUGAGUAAUGAGAGUAUAGACUUCUUGGGAGAGAUGCUGCAGCUUGAGCCCAACUCGAGGAAAAGCGCUUCCCAGCUUUUGGGACACUCAUGGUUUUCCACAUCGCCGCUACCGUGUGAGCCGGAGGAAGUGUCACUCCCUGGAAGCAAUACGUAUCGCCUUUUGGAACGGAAACGCACUCGUUAG